AGUUGUUGGGUGACGUGAUGACGUCUUUCCAAAUCCAUUCAUUUCUAGGUUACGUUUUGGGGCUUAAAAUCAUAAAAUGGCAAAAAAGCAGGAUUUAUUAGAACUUGAUAUUGAUAAAGCAUUCGAAGAGCGGAGUAUAGAUGAAAUAAUUGAAAUUGAGAAAUUAUUAGAUGCAGAAAUCGAAAGAAAGAGAAAUGAACUUAGGUCUAUGGUAGGAGACCGUUACAAAGAUGUAUUGGCCGCCUCAGAUGCAAUAAAAUCAAUGAAAACCAUCUCCCAACUAAUUGUUAACAGUAUUGAAAAGGUUAUGAGUACUUGUGAAGAAUUUAUAAAUCCAGUGAGCACAGAUAUUCAUACUCCUCUUGAAGUAGAAAAAGAACAGGUUGAUGAGAGAACUGUUAUCAUUCAGAUCAGAAUGGCAAUUUUUAUGAAUGAACAAAUUUGGAUAGCCAUAGAUGAAGAAAAUAAUUUGGAAGCCACUCAGUAUUAUUUAUUAGCCCAACAUAUACAUACAGGUCUGAGUCUCUCCAAAAACAAAUAUCUUGAUAAAAUACCACUUUUACAUCAAAUAAAAUCAAAUUUAGUUGUCUUGAGAUCAAGAAUAUUCCAUAAAAUUGUUGAAAAACUUGAAUCUGUAGACACAUCAGCACAGGAAACUAGCCAGAAUUUGAAUGCAUUGUUAUUACUAGAAAAACAAACCAGUAGUGAUCUACUUAGCAUUUUUAUUGAACAUAGGAAGACAGCACUGAAUACUGUUAUGCAUACUUCAUACUCAAGUGUAAGAAUGCAAAUUAGUUCAAUGGUCAAGUGCCUAAUUACAACUGUACGACUCCUACAUGACUGCUUUAUUUGUUCUUUAAAUCAGCAGAAGGGUUUGAUAUGGCAACAACUAGAAGAAAUUGUUGGGGGUUCAUCUACAACCACACUAUCUAAGCUACAGCUGCCUGUUACACCAUUAAUUUCAUAUAUUCCAGAAGUUAUUAGGAACUUUCGACCUACAUUCAAGUAUUCUGUAGAAACAGAAACAUCAUUGAAUGAUGCUGAAACAGUUUUAAAAAGUUGGUUGGAAUCAACUAGAAAAACUUUGGAGACAGGCUUGGAAAAAUCCCUAGAACUUGUCACAAAUGUAAAAGGUCUGCACCUCAUCAGAGAAGAAUCACUGAAACUUGAACCUCCUGAGAAUUGGGAACAAAUAUGCAAAGAUUCCCAUUUGCCAGAAAAUUUUGAUGUUUGGUACUGCUUUUUUCAAAAUUUGAUAACCAACAGCUGCCAGAUAUUAAUUUCCAAAAAAAUUUCUUUGGUAUCCCAAGAAAUACAAAGCUAUAUCAAAGAUAGAUUGAAUAAUAUUUCCAAAGAUGAAAGAUCAGGGACUUCUUUGAUUUGGUAUACUUGGAAAGAGGAACCAAGUGAUGUUGGUAAGGCUGAGGAUGCACAUUCAGGUUUAUCAAUGAAACAUAGAGGAUUUUCGCCUACUAUAGUUGAUUUAUGCUACAAAUUAGACACCAAAUAUUUUGAAAUAUUAGAAGAUGUAUGGCAAUACUUAUAUGGUAAAGAAUAUGGAUCAAAUGAUGAUUUCUCACUAGUAUUGAAAGACUAUAAAUUCAAACGAAAAUAUAUAGAUACUCCAGAUACAGAAAAUCAUCUUCAGGCAGAAUGUGCAGAAACCUCAUUACAAUUAUCAAAUUUCAUUAGGGAUCACAUAAACCAAAAUUCUGAUAAUCUAGUAACUAAAUCUAUUAUAUGUGCAAGAUUUUUACAAGCUGCAACACAACUUUGUCCAAAUUUCAAUAAGUGCUGCAUGUUCAAUAAUUCCACAAUGGACUGGUCAAAAAUCUGUGAUACUUUCAAUAAAACCAGUCAUACCUUAUGGUUAAAUUGGGUACAGGAUAUUGUAAAAACCACAGAAAAACAGUGUGAAGUACUAGAUGAUAUUUCUUUAAAAAAUAUGCUGAAGGUAUUAGGGAGAUGGGAUGAGAUAGAAAUCCAAGAACAAACUGAUGAAAAAGUGUUCAAAUCACAAAUCAAAGUUCCCUUGAAACCAAGCUUGGCCCUAAGUGAAAUAUUCGCCAAUUUGAAUGAAGAAUUGUGCUGCAUUCUACCUCACACAUUGCCAAAGCUAGUGCAUGUACAGUACAUAGAAGACAAUGUCAAUGUCAUACUAAGAAAAUACAAACAGUUGUCUGACAAAGAACUCAAUCAAAAACAGGCCCUACAGCUUUUAUUUGAUGUCAAGUACUUGACUACAUUUUGCAUUCCCAGAGAGAAUGUGCAGCUCAUAGAAUUAUCACAAGAUAUCUGUGAUAAACUUAGGAGUAGGAUAGACCCAUUUGAUUUAGAUGUGUUCUAUUCCUAUUUACAAAAUAAUGUGAAAAAAGCUGUAAUUCAAUCACAGAUUAUGUUUGGUUGUCUGCUGCCGUCGCCAGGUCAAUUGAGUUGCUUAGGAGUUUCAGAAAAACUCAAUGAACAAGACCAGAACCCAUCUAUUUUGGCUUUGAGUGUGCCAUCCAGUACGACUUGGUUUCCUCUUUUACCGGUAUCGGCACCGUCACAAAAAUUGUCCGGUACACCUUCCAAAAAUAUCAAGGAGUCUACACAAAAACCAAAAGCAACACUAAAAAAAUCACAGGAUUCUGCCAGUAUGAUGAGGCAAAGUGCAGCCUCACUAUUUGGAGGUUUGACUAAUGAUUGGUUCUCAUAACAGUUUGGUAAACCCCUUUCUAUUGUUACUUUAUCCAUAAUUAGUGAUACUAAGUGUAUAUAAAAUGUUAUAUAAUUUCGUUCCAAGAAAUUUUUUACCUGUAUAAUAUAUUUAUUACAAGAAUAAAGACAAAUUUUUAAAGAAGUUUGGACGGAAAUGAAAUUCUUGAGGUAAAUAAAUCGUUUAUUGAAACUAUUAUCACAGCUUAGUUAGAUACAUACUAGGGUCUAGGGUCUCAGGGUGUGUCUUCAAAAAAUUACAACAUGGCGAAGAAAAUCAGAAAAACACCUUAUACAAUACUACAAUUCAAAAUAUAUACAUGGGACAUUCUUGUGAUUAACUGGAAAAUCUCUUGGUAUCAUCCACCAUACUGUAAUUUUCCUUAUAGAUAUUUAACCACUUAUAUUUAUGAACUAAUAUACACACGAAUAUAUGGGAUGCUGGAAACUAUGAAUAAAUAAUCAAUCCAUUCCAAACAAAACAUUCUAGAAU